AUGUUCCAAAAGGUUUCAGACAAGUUCCACCGAAAGCAACAGUCCUCUGCCUCCAACAAGUCGAACCCUUCCUCUCCGUCAGCCUCCUCAAGAUCUGUACAGACCACGGUAUCAUCGUCAUCAGCGGCGCCGGCACCUCUUGCCCCUCUAGUAGAUGCAAAAUCGACCCAUACCCCAAUGGAGGGUAUCGAAGGCGGACCCAUACCCGAGAAUCAUCCACCCGUCUCGGAGAACCGUACGAUGAGCGUACAAAUGGCCGACGCGUCUGAGCCCCAGCCAUCUCUCAACCGAAAUGAUAGUGGAGCGGAUGAAGAAAGAAUAAGAGAAAAGGCAAGGGAGGCUCAGGAACAGGCUGCACAAGCCCAAGCCAACCUUCAAAUGGCCACCCAGCAAGCUCGUGUUGCCGCGAUCAAUGCCGCUGCCACGCAAGCGGCGUUGGAAACGGUCUCAACUACUCCUCAAGACAAUCCGGCACCUGCUACCGCCACUCAGCCUCAACGGAAGACGGCGGGAAGAUAUGCGCUAUCAGACUUUUACAUCGAGCGAACACAUCCCUUCCUCGUCAAUCUCUGGGGUACUUUCCAAGAUGUCAACAACCUCUACAUGGUCAUGGACUUUGUCGCAGGUGGAGAAUUGUUCAGUCUGCUACGAAAAAGUCAACGUUUCCCUAAUUCAGUCGCCAAGUUCUACGCCGCCGAGGUCGCCCUAGCUUUGGAUUACCUUCACUCCCUUGACAUCAUCUACCGGGAUCUAAAACCUGAAAAUCUACUUCUUGGUGCCGAUGGUCACGUCAAAGUGACUGAUUUCGGUUUCGCCAAGCACGUUCCGGAUAUCACGUGGACCUUGUGUGGUACUCCUGAUUAUCGUUACAACAAGAGUGUCGAUUGGUAUGCUCUGGGCGUUUUGAUCUUUGAAAUGCUUGCCGGUUAUCCACCCUUCUUCACCGAAGAUGGUAACCCUAUGAAGCUGUAUGAAAAAGUCCGAUACCCUUCCUACUUCGACCCCCUCGCGAAAGAACUACUCAAGAAUUUGUUGGUCGGAGAUUUGACCAAACGUUACGGUAACUUGCGAGCAGGUUCAUCAGAUAUCUUUGCGCACGGUUGGUUCGCCGAGGUAGACUGGGACAAGCUUUAUCGACGAGAGAUCCCAGCACCGUAUGUGCCCAAAAUCGAAGGGGAAGGAGAUGCAAGCCAAUUCGAUCGAUACCAAGAGGCAGAUGUCAGCGCGUACGGUAAAGCAGGAACGGGUCCGUAUGACCACUUUUUCACCGAUUUCUAG